AUGUUGUGCGACUUCUGGAGGCGUGGAGAAGUGUGCAGAUUUGAACCGCACUGCUGGUUUGCACAUGGACCGAUGCAACUUCGGACAACCGACGAAAACCUUUCCAUGUGUAAUGAUUAUGAGAUUCCCGUUCCACCAAAUGGAUCAGCUCCUGGACACCAGGCGAUGGAACCGUCGUUCAACCAAUUAACACCAGAACAGCAACAGUGGAUGAUCCUAUCACAGCAGGCGCACCCGUUUCUGCCUCUUCCUCAAAAUAUUGCGUGCUCUCGUUUCAAAGAUCAUGGGAAAUCCUCCUCCAUGUUAGAAAUACCAGCAGCUGCUCAUACAUGCGAAGAACUUGAACAGACUGUACGUCGUCAGUUGGUGAGCUUUGACAGUAAUGCUUUCAAAUUUACGUGGAAAAUGAGUAUACUCAUCAAGCGUGCCAUUGGUAUUUGCAAACCGUUCGAGCAUGUAUCACAAUCAAGUUCUGGAGUGGAUACUUUACCACCUUCGGGUCCACCCACUCCAACUUUCAACAGUGAUUUCUUUCUGCUGGCGUUUGACGACUAUAUUAGAGAGAAGGCUAUUUCUGCAUCCGCUGCUAUGGCCUGCACGGAUCCAUCAUCGCUACAGGAGUACUCUGACAGCUACAGCUACGCGAAGGAGGAGUGCCCAUUGCACCUGUACGGUUGUUGCCCACUGGAGGGGGACUGCUUCUUUGAGCAUAAAGACAAAAUUAAGGAAUGA